CUCCUCUCCUCUCACCCACCCAAUAUCCUCCCUCUCCCGCGCCUACGGCCGCCCUCCUCGGCCAUCCCAGCACCAAGCGCUAGGACAUGACCUACCCCGAACCAACCCACUUCUCGACAACCAUGGACCUUGGCCUCUCUCCCGAACCAUACAGCGGCGCCGGUUACUCGCGAACCGCGCCCGGCUUCCCAACGACGAUGGCGUACGAGAACGGCGCUGUGUACGCAGAAGCGCCGUACGCGUACGCCAGCGGGAGGGCGUCGCCGGGCAUGUAUGCCGACGACGGCGACGUCGUGCGUGGCCCUGCUUCCGAUAUGAGCAUGAGCGCCCCGUCAUCCAACAUGGGCUCACCGCUGUCGAGCCACGGACAGGCGGCGCCGAUCCCAGACUGGGCCUCGGCACCCCAUGGACUCGGCCUAACCCCAGGCAUCGUAGAUCAGGGCGACUACCUCCCCGGCGGCGAAUACUCGUUCGCCCCGGGCGGGAUCGAGUCCUUCAACCAACCCUCCUUCGACUUUCCGGCCGCCAAAGCGCCAGGAUUCGUUGAUCCCUCCUUAAUUCACCCGGACGUGAGGCCCAUGGCGAUGCCCUAUGAGCCCUCGUACCCGGCGCCGCCCAGUUCCGGCUAUCCCGCCUCGCCGUCGCUCUCCGUUUCUGCCUCGCCCCAGCUCCGGCCUGGCAGCAGCUCCCCGUUCAUGCACAAUGGCAACUACCAACCAUACUCGCCCUUCCAGCCGCCCGUCGACCCGCAACGGCGCGGCAGUCUUGUCUCGUACCAGUCCCACUUCUCUGGCGAGCAGCCAUUCGGUGGCGACGAGUCGAGGGACAAGCAGCGCUGCCCGCACCAGGACUGCGGCAAGACCUUCAAGGACCUCAAGGCUCAUAUGCUCACCCACCAGAACGAGCGGCCCGAGAAGUGCCCCAUCACGACGUGCGAGUAUCACGUAAAAGGCUUCGCGAGAAAGUACGACAAGAACCGCCACACGCUCACCCACUACAAGGGCACCAUGGUGUGCGGCUUCUGCCCGGGGUCGGGCUCCGCGGCGGAGAAGUCGUUCAACCGGGCCGAUGUGUUCAAGAGGCACUUGACGGCCGUGCACGGAGUCGAGCAGACGCCUCCCAACGGUCGGAAGAAGACGGCCGGCGGCAGCAGCAGCGGGAACGACGCGAAGCUCACGGGCUAUGCGCCCGACGCGACGGGCAAGUGCUCGACGUGCUCGCAAACUUUCAGCAACGCACAAGACUUUUACGAGCACCUGGACGACUGCGUGCUGCGCAUCGUGCAGCAGGAGGACCCGGCCGAGGCGAUCAACGCCCAGCGCCUGGCCGAGGUCGAGAACGACCAGGAGGUGCACGAAACGCUCGAGAAGAACCACCUUCCGACUACUACCACUACUACUACUCCUACUACUACUAAUACUACCAUCACCACCACCAUGACCAGCACCGCCAGCGAUGCUGCCGACGAGGACGACGAGAACAUGGAGGACGACGACGAAGACGACGAGCUCAAGGGCGGCCGCCGCGGCGCCGCCCCCAAGGGGACGCUCUGCUCGCCGAGGAAAGCAAAGGUCGGCGGCGGCAACCCCCCGAACGGCGUCCAGAAAUCACGCGGCAUGACGCACUCGCGCGGCGGCGUCCCGCUGCACACCCGGGCCCGGGGCCGCAAGAACAGGCGCGACUACCCUUCCUCUUGGGGGUUCGACAAGGGCCAGAUGACCAUGAAGAAGCGGGUGCUGGCCGUCUUUGACGGGCCCCGGCGCCUGGCCAAGGACGAUAUGAUGCUCUCGACCGAGCAGGAAGUGCGCAUCAAGCUCCAGGACGGCAAGUCGUACGUGACCGACCUGGACCUGCAGACGCUCAAGCGCGCCGAGGGCUUCCUCAACGCCACCGAGGAGGAGAAGGGGCCCUGGAUCUCGGACGACCCGACCGAGGAGCAAUUCAAGCAGAUGCUCGAGUUCUCCGCCGCCGCCGCCGCCUCCUCCUCCGAGGCACCGCCUGCUGCCGCAGCGCAGUGAAGGGAUCUCUCAUCUGCUGCCGGGUGCGUUCGAUGGCAUGAGUGCGCACCUAACCCACCCUCCCGAACGAACCUCCUCAUCCU